GCGAGGUGCACGAAGAGGAGCGGCCCGAGGAGGAGCAGCAGUGGCAGGAGCAUUGCGGGGCUCCACGGCGAGCCCGCUGAGCCCGCAGCUCGGCUGGCCCCGGCAGCAUCGCAUUGCCCUGCGUGCCGCGGCCAGCAGCGCUGGGUGGUCGGGGAGUCACCGCUCCACUCACGGCACACACCACUUACAAGUUCGAUCAGCAUUUCCCAUUCCCAAACCUUAUCUGGAUAGAGGAGAAGGCUGAAAGGAAGUGGAAGAUGCCCCGGGACACUGAGGCAGACAAGGAGCUGAGGAUGGAGAGCAGGGAGGACAAAUCCCCACGACAGAACCUCAUGGACGAGGCCGUUUUUAGCGGCUCCACAGCACAGGAAUCCAACGGGGAGGAAAAGCCCCGGAGAUCCCUCAGGAGGAGGGGCUCCAAACCCAGCCCAGGAUAUGCUGAGGGAGAAAGACCCAGCCUGUGCCAGGAAGGCAGCCAGAGAUCUGGCCAGAGCUCUGAGGUGCUGGUCCAUGAGCAGCGUGAUGAUGGCAAGAAGCCCCACCAGUGCUUGGAAUGUGGGCAGAGUUUCCUCAUGAGGUCCAGCCUGGUCCGCCACCAGAUGGUGCACACUGGGGAACGCCCCUACGAGUGUGGGGAAUGUGGGAAGGGCUUCAGAGACACCACGGACCUGAUCCGCCACCAGAGGAUUCACACUGGGGAACGCCCCUACGAGUGUGGGGAAUGUGGGCAGAGAUUCAGCAUCAGCUCCUACCUGAUCGUCCACCAGAGGAUCCACACUGGGCAACGGCCCUAUGAGUGUGAGCAAUGUGGAAAGACCUUCAACACCAGCUCCAGUUUGAUCCUCCACCAGAGGACCCACACUGAUGAACGGCCCUAUACAUGUGGAGAAUGUGGGAAAGGCUUCAGGAAGAGCGGCCACCUAAAUCGCCACCAGAUGACCCACACUGGGAUACGACCCUACGUGUGUGGGGAGUGUGGGAAGGGCUUCUGUGACACCUCUGGCCUGAUCAUCCACCAGACAAUGCACACUGGGGAAAGCCCCUACACGUGCUCAGAAUGUGGGAAGAGCUUCAGCCGGAGCUCCAAACUGAUUGUCCACCAGAGGAUCCACACUGGGCAGAGGCCCUAACAGUGUCCCAAGUGUGGGAAGCGCUUCUCCCAAAACUCAACUGUGACCCAGCACCAAGGGAGGCAGCAAGUAAGGGAAGCCCUACAAGUGCCCCGUGUGCAGGAAGAGCUUUGAGCGCUGCUCCAACUCCAUCCCCCACUGGAGGACCCCCAUUGGAUGGUCCAUGAUGACCCUCAUUGGGCUGAGACUUGGUGAUCCAUGGUCCUGGUGAUCCAUGUUGGGAAGAAACCUGGCUGGUGGUCUGCACAUCUUCCUGGCUUCCCUUGGACAUUUGGACACAGCCAGAGAAAAAUGCAUUGGGAUGCAAACCGACAUCAGAAUUUCAUAGGGAACAGCACAGUUUUUUUACUUUCGACCCCAAAAUUAUCUUACCUUUUGCAGCCAAUCAUUUCUUCAGGUGGCAUCAAGGAUGCUAUUGGAGGUCUUUUCCAACCUAAAUCAUUCCAUGAUUCUAAUUCUCCCUGGCCUAGAGACAUCUUCCACAGCCAAAUGGUGAUGGACUGGGGCACAAAACCAGGAUUUUGGAGACAAUGGAGUGGAAAUUCCUCUAGAAAAGGUCCAUUCUACCCACCCAGGCACAUGGAUACUCAGCCAACAUGGACACAUAAAUCCUGUUAUUUUGGCCUUGAUUUUCUUUCACUUUUCUUCAUCCCUUCACCCAACACUGGGGUAAAAAUAAGACAUUUAACUAAGACACA